UGAUUUACGAAAUCUAACAUACUUUUGCAGUGUUUUAUCGAUGCUCUUUAACAAACGCUUCUUCAAUAGGACCGUGUGAAUGAAGUCCGUGUUUUUCCAUAGCAGCACCAAAGACGCGCAUCACGUGUUUCGGUUCAAUUCUCUGGAAGUGAUUUUCAUGAACUACACUAUACGCUUCAAACGUUCAUUCAUCAAUGAAGAGCUCGCUUGUCAAAUCCGAACAUAUUUUCUUUCAAAUAAAAUGUAACAUUUUGGGAAAAUGACAGGUGUUCUUUGAAGAAAGUUUUUUUUCGAUCAUUGGACAAGACGGCGUCUGAAAGACUGGGAAGCGGAACCAGUGUUUCAGGGGGUUCUGCGGCAGAAAAAGUUCAAAGAGAUUGUAGCCUGCAGGCAAAAACAUCGAUACGUCAUAGAUUUAUGCCUUCAAUCAAAUAAAUCUGUUACACAGCCUGCCUCAAUUCAGGAAAGUACAGGGUGUGCGUGACCAAUGACGUCCGAUUGCAAUGGAGCAAGUCCUUCACCCGAAGAAACGUGUGUCUUUCGGGGGAGGAUGGAAGCUCCUACUAACGGGAGGUGGACAGCAGAUAACAGCCCUUCUACCACACCUUCUUCAGGGAGGCUGAGGAGGAGUUGCUCAAAUCUAAAGAUGUUCCUGGCGGCCUUGUCCUUUGCCUAUUUCUCCAAAGCCUUGUCUGGGAGUUACAUGAAGAGCACAAUAACACAGCUGGAACGGAGGUUUGAUAUCCCCAGUUAUUUGAUUGGUGUUAUAGACGGCAGCUUUGAAAUGGGUAACCUCUUGGUGAUAGCCUUUGUGAGUUAUUUUGGUGCUAAGCUUCACCGACCCAAGAUCAUAGCAAUGGGAUGUGUGCUGAUGUCCUUAGGGACGUUCCUUAUCGCCAUGCCUCAUUUCAUUAUAGGACGCUAUAAUGUCCAAACGUCUGCUAGAGAGUCCUUUAAUUCAACUGCCAAAUUCCCCCCGUGCCCGGCCACCUCACCAGAGUUCACAGAGGCAGAUGACAGGUCCUCUAUCCUACCCUCUGCAGGCUGUGAGCGCGAGUCCAGCGUGUCAAUGUGGGCCUACGUGUUUCUAGGAAACGUAUUGAGGGGGAUAGGAGAGACUCCUGUACAGCCACUGGGAAUCUCCUAUAUAGAUGAUUAUGCCAGGCCAGAGAAUGCAGCCCUCUACAUUGGCUGUGUCCAAACCAUAUCAAUCAUCGGCCCUGUUAUUGGCUACCUGUUGGGAUCCUUGUGUGCCAAGAUCUACGUUGACAUUGGAUACGUGGACAUGGAGACCAUCACCAUCACCCCGGGGGAUGCCCGCUGGGUCGGGGCGUGGUGGCUGGGGUACCUUAUAGCCGGGACAAUCACCCUCACGUCAGCCGUACCCUUCUGGUUCCUGCCCAAGUCGCUGCCGGUGCCCGUGGAGAAGCACGAUGCCAGCUGCACCCCCGAACAGACCCGAUUCAUCAAGGACUCUCCUUCCGCUAUGGAGCACAAGUUCAGACCUGAAGAACCCACCAACUUCCGUCAGAUGGCUAAAGAAUUUGUUCCAGCAUUGAAGAGCCUCCUGGGAAGUCCAGUUUAUAUCAUCUAUCUAUGCGUGACAAUCAUUCAGUUCAACUCCCUCAUUGGUAUGGUAACCUACAAGCCCAAAUACAUUGAGCAACAUUAUGGACAGUCGGCCUCUAAAGCUAAUUUCCUAAUGGGUAUGAUAAAUAUACCCGCAGUGGCUCUGGGGAUGUUUUCUGGGGGCGUUGUCAUGAAGAAGUUCAAGCUGGGCAUCAUGGGAGCUGCCAAGUUUGCCUUCGGGACGUCCCUGCUAGGUUACUUCCUGUCCCUCUUUUUCUUGGCCAUGGGCUGUGACAACGCCAAAGUGGCUGGGAUCACCAUGUCUUACACAGGUGUGGAGGGGUUGUCAUACCAUGAGCGAGCUCUGUUCUCUGAGUGUAACUCUGGCUGCCUUUGUUCUGGGAAGGACUGGGAUCCUGUCUGCGGAGAGAACGGGAUAACUUACGUGUCCGCCUGUCUGGCUGGCUGUACCUCUGCCACAGGGACAGGCAGAAACACGGUGUUUGGCCAGUGCCGGUGUCUGGCUUUGACAAAGGCAGGUUCCCGGUACACUAACCUGACCGCCUCCUUGGGGCACUGUCCAAUACGAGACAGCUGUGACCGAAUGUUCCCCUACUUCCUCUUCCUAUCUGUCAUCACUUCCUUCAUCAUCUCUCUGGGGGGAACGCCUGGCUUUGUGCUGCUCAUAAGAUGCAUUAAGCCUGAGUUGAAAUCCCUCGCCCUUGGGGUCCACACAUUGGCCACCAGAACUCUUGCUGGUAUCCCUGCACCAAUCUACUUUGGAGCCAUCAUAGACACCACCUGUUUAAAGUGGGGAAACACAAAAUGCGGAGGACGAGGAGCAUGCAGAAUCUACAACACAACUGCCUACAGGAUGGUAUAUCUGGGACUGACCCUGGGCCUGAGGACCGUGGCAUUCUUCCUCUGCAUACUGGGCUUCGCUCUUCUCCAGCGGUAUGUCCGUCAGGAGGAGAAAACGGCCCUGGCCAACGGGGAUGUUGAGGUGGAGUCUGAUUCUCUCAGGAAAGAAGAGGGAAACAGCGUGUUACACUGCGACAAGUUUGUGUGCGCGCUGAACUGUAGGGAGACACGUCUCUGAUGUUCCUUAGCACAUCCAUGCCGCCCCCCGAGUUGGACGAAACAGCUGCCGGUCGGGACUUUUCCGUGGAGGACUGAGUUGGGAUCUCCCCCGCGUGAGUUAACCCUAUGAUGGCAGACCAUGGUUAGCAAAUGUGCCAAAAGUCCAACAGCCCCAGGUUUGAGGCCCUGGGAAAUGAUACUACCCAUUGUGAAAGCUGACCUGUUCCCUCGAAAACCCUUUAGAAAUGAGUCUACGCCUUUUUCCACGUUCCAUUCAGAGUCUACGCCUUUUUCCGAAUUCCAUUCAGAGUCUACGUCUUUUUCCUCAUUCCAUUCAGUCUACAACUUUUUCCUCGUUCCAUUCAGAGUCUACACCUCUUUCCUCGUUCCAUUCAGAGUCUACACCUUUUUCCUCAUUCCAUUCAGAGUCUACACCUCUUUCCUCAUUCAACAUGUGUGGAGAAUCCCCCGAUUCAACUCUGAUGUACCCCGGAAUGUCUUGUCUGUAAUGGUAAAGCUGAAAUCAGGGAGUAACAGAAAUGUGACUUUGCUUCAACAGUAAUUUUAGAUACAGUAAUAUGUUACUGUUGCUAUCAAUAUUUUAACUUUCAGUCAAAGAGAAUGCCUAUACUUCACUUAAGGUUUGUUAUUUAAUACAUUUUCAAUUAAAUCCUAAACCAGGUACAGUUACCAAAACUGAAAAAAAAAUCUGGCCUCUGCAAUUUCAGAGCAACCAACUAGUCGAGCAUCUCCACUGGACAGAUAUUAGGCUUGCUUUGUGAGUUAUUCCAGAAUAUGUCUUAGCUUAUCUUAAAAAUAUAAUUUUCCGAGCAGCAUAAUCUGUACCGAUGAACUGUAAACCCAGCAUUAAUCUGCCCGUACAUCAAAAAAUAAAAAAUAAGACUAGUGAGACCCUUGCCGCUGCCUAUAUGGGGGAUCACUCAGACCGUACCAUUAUUCAUGGUUUUAGAGAAAAUAUUCACUUUGAUAUGUUUUGUGAGAGGUGCCAAGUAACAUAUGGGGCACUGUAGCUACCAGUGGGUACCGGUCAGCUGGCCCAACUUAAUGCCCUGACAUCUUCUUCUGAUGUACUUAUCCACCAUGAAUUAGUAACCAUUUAGCGAGUAGCCUAGUGAGGAAUUUUUUCACAGAGUGUGAUAUAUUUAAUAUGUGGUAGACCUUAAUUUUUUUUUUAAUCCAGUCAGACAAAGUUGAUAUUUUUAUGUUAGAUCUAGAAAUACUAGUUUCAUUUCCGGUAAUACUUUGUAUGCGCUCAGUUAUUGUAAGUGCUGUCAGCUAUUGUAAGAUUUAUCAUGUGUUCUGUUAGUUGGCUUUGGUUUGUAAUCUGAAGGCAUCACUGAUAUAAUAUAUAAAAUAAUGAUAGACUACUAUAGUAUUCUGGAAUUAAAAAAACAAACCAGAGAAGGUAGUUCCAGCUUCAUCAGCUGUUUACUUCAGAUGGACGAUGUUUAGAUGAACACACAUGAACAUAUUGAGUCCGGAUCCUGAACUAGAUCUGCUCCUGCAUCAGAACUGUUUUGUGACAUCAACCAUAGGGUUUGACAAGCAACACACUGUCUACCAAGCUAGUCAGUGUUUUACCAGUGUGCCCACUCAUUAAGAUUAGAAGUACAUUGUUUUUUCAAAAUGUAUAGUACCCACUCUCCUGUCAAAUCUUUAAUUUGUGCUUAUGCUUUCAUAUGCCGUUACUACAUGAUGCUUCAAACAAUGGAUUUGUUCCAAUAUGCAGCUUUUAUUUCUGGAUGAUGACAGACUUCUAUAGUCUGACAUCCUUAUAACAAGCUCUGGAUGUGAAAAGUGUGUCAUCAUUUAUAAGUGUGAUAUAAUAUCACCAGUCCUGGUUGUAAAGUGUUAUAUCAUUUUCAGCCAGCUUUGACCACUGGGUUCAGCCAGCUUUGACCACUGGGUUCAGGUGUAAAACAGAAAGCUCUGCCUAUAUACUUAGUGUAAUGUAAGUAUAUAUAAUGUAUUAGUGUUAUAAUUUCUAUACUUUAGCACUAAUGUACAAAACUAAACUUACUUAACAAGUUUAUAUUUUGUUUUGGCAAAACUGUUCACUACAAUAGUUAUUAUAUUAUUAUACUCUAUGAAACCGAAAAAGAUGACAGAAGAUCCACAAGAGAAAUGUAAAACAAUACGUUGAUUACACUCAGUUCUUUCGAUAACCAUGACACAAUUUUAGCUCCAUGUUUUAAAUACAAUGCAAAUACAUCUGGUUGUAUUUAGUUAGAGGUAUUGAAUAAAUGUAUAUUUGACAUGCCUAGCACAUUGUACUUAAAGCAGAGAAAUGCUCAGCUGAAUUUGAGGUAUCCAUGGGAAGUCCACAGCGUUUGACGGUCUUCCGUCUUUGACACUUAAAUCAUCCGGAUUGUUUAUAGAUCCUUCUUUGAUCCUUCAGCAGCUCCGGCAUGAAGAUUCUGUUUUCAAAUAGUCAAAGACAAGUGAUCAAAUCUGUGUUAUCAGCUGUUGGUGAAAAGUUAAUUGUGGUCAGUGUUUAUUGUGUUUAAGGAGAAAUACUGUCCUUUGUUGAUCAUGCUGGCUUAGUGUGAAACAGUGAACCAGUCUACUUCCCAAUGACUGGCAGUUUGUCCCCUGACGAGGUAAAAAAAAGUCUCAUCUUCCUCACCAAACAUCAAGGCAAGUGGAUCUGAUUAUGUCACAAAACGUUAAAGCCCUGUGAUCCCAAGUCCCCUAACGCCAAUCUUCAGUGCCUGGUUGAUGAAUAGAAAAGUACCUGACUCACAGGGCUUUAAUGUUUCGUGAGCCUUCAUCCCCAAAGUGUGCCUUCAUCCACCAAAUAUCCCAAAAAGGUGAACAUACAUGUAGAGUGACAUAUUGGUCAAUGAGGUGUUCAUAAAAUGCCCAUAUUCUGCAAUUGCUUGUAAAAACUGGCAUUCGUCCAAACAAAAGGUGCAUGUAUAUAUACAUUUUGCCUAAAUGUCAUUUAUCAUACUCACCAUCAAUACACAUCGUUUUAAAAAAAUGUGUAACCUACACUAGGAUACCUGGCAACCCUUUAUCGAUGUUCCUUAUUGCCUAGAGUGAUGCUCAAUGCACCUGGGGAAAUCCAGCUACCUCAGCCCUAUGUGGACAGUAGAUCUAUAUAUAUAGAGAGUGUGUGUAUGUGUACAAGGGCUCCAUCAUCAAAUGAUCUGUGAUGAACAGCUGCCUCAACCAGCUCCGGUCAGGGAAGGCCCAGUGCCGCUGUAGCCAACCGUUGUGUGGUCCUGGAGGCCUCUGUCAGCCGUUGUGGAUCACCUUCCCCUACAUGGAAGACAUCACUCCUCAACGUCUGGUAGAAGUAGUCAUAGCAGCACUGGACUGGCUUCAAGGGAGCAGGAGAAACGUGCUGCUGUGGGCAAACCUCUUAGCGUCCCUCUCCAUGGGUCAGAAUGCUGCUGUUGGCAUUGUCUUGUGUGACCUGACUUUUCAGAACUCCGAAUACAAGAGUCUGCGGUGAUCUAUAUUCAAAAGACUCUCUUCGAUCCUACAAGCAACGAGUGGCAACAAGCCUUCGCACCCCCAUGCCUCUUGCUAACGGGGAAAUGCGUCAUCACUGCCUUGUUAUGAAAGCCCAAAGACGUUGGUUUGGUUCUGUGGCAGAGGCCUUUCAUUUUCACUCAGUUUGUCCACCCAACUCUUGAAACAAAUCCUAGACUGAAGUCCCCGGUCUCUCAGGUGAAAUUUCCAGACUGCCUUGCGGGUGUAAUAUUUGAGAGGGUAUUGUGACCUUAACUGUUGAGACAAGGUUAGAGGUCUACCAAAAUACCAUCUAGCAAUGCAAACCCUCAUUGGUAUUGUGUCUUAAAAUGAACUACUCUGUUGUCAGUCGUCAUGGACAACCCAGUGGUGAGGAGAAGGAAGUGCUUCCUUUAUCCAUAACUGUCUGGAUUAUCCAAAAUCGUUUGAAUGUUUGAUUUGUGGUUCCCAAUAAACUGAAAUGUGUGUGCAUAUAUUA